AUGCACGUGGCCAUGGGCCACUGCGACACUCGACACGCUCGGGUGGUGCAGGAUCUGGCGGACAUGGACCUCCUAGCUCCGGAUCUUGUGUUCAGUCACGGCGCGUCCUUCAUGGAUGGUGAGAUCGAGGCCAUUGCACGCGUGGGAGCCGGGAUCGUCGGGACGCCGGACACAGAGCUGCAGAUGGGCAUGGGAUAUCCGGUUGUGCUUAAGGCAAGGGACGCCGGGUGUCGGAUGCGACUGGCGGUGCAGACGCAGCGGGGGAUAGAGAACGCCGAAUUUGGGUCAUCGCCACCGGCAACUCUGAAGCGGACCACGGCUGAUGUGCUGCGGAUGGGGACGAUGGGGGGCGCGGAGGUGAUGCAUCUUGAGAAUCUGGUGGGUUCGAUCACGCCGGGGAAGAAGGUGGAUUUGGUCCUGUUCCGGUGCGAUGAUAUUGAUACGGUGCCGGUGAUGGAUCCGGUUGGAACAGUGGUGUUUCAUACCUCGCCGGGUAAUAUUGACACAGCGAUUGUAGAUGGGAGGAUUGUGAAAAGAGAUGGAAAGCUUGUGGGUGUUGAUUGGGCGAGUUUGAGACACCAGGUUGAGGAGAGGUCGAGGCGAAUUGUUGCAGAGGCUACAAAGGUAGAUACGUCAAUGCAGAGGGAGCAGUGGAGCAGAGCAUUGGGGAUCUAG